AUGCAGGCAACGUAUGAUGGGCAAGAAAAAGAAGCGGGCAUUGUCAGGCGGCUAUUCCUCUUGAUCAGGCUAUUACCAGUGCUAGGUAUAGGUAUCUAUUGUUGUGCAUGUCAACAUGUGUACAGACAUGUGCUCGUUUCGGCGCGCAAUGGGUUACCACAAGCCGUAGAUGGUUAUGAUCCGCAAUCGAUUCGCUGCACGGAGCAUGGCCACAGGGUUUUCACGUUCCCAGUUGCAGUGCACACUGCGCCAAUCAAGGCAAAUCCAUCUCCAGCAUAG